GCAUCAUCGGAGCCCCUCUGCAGCUGGACCGACACAUCUGGACCGGAACCGGCCUGGGACCAGCUCAGCUCCUGGAGGUGGGGGCGGGGGGAGCGCACAGGUGAGGCGUCACGUGACCAGACCUUCGGAGCUUCACGCGGCGCGCGCAGGUGUGUCUCAGCAUCCCCUUCGAAGCGCGUGCGGGGCUCCUCGGGGCCAGCAUGGCGGAGGAGACCCGGGUCAUCUACCACCUGGAGGACCAGGAGACCCCCUACCUGAUCCGGAUCGGCGUGCCCGCGCAGCGCGUCACCCUGGCCGACUUCAAGCAGGUGCUGAACAGACCUCACGCCAAAUUCUUCUUCAAGUCCGUGGAUGAUGACUUCGGGGUGGUGAAAGAAGAGAUCAGUGAUGAUGAAGCUCGGCUGCCUUGUGUCAACGGACGGGUCGUCUGUUGGGUGGUGUCUUCAGACGCCUGUCCUCCGGACUUCAGGGGGUCGGACACUCCCUCUGUGGCCACGCCCUCCAGCUUGGCUCCGCCCCCCAUCGAGAGGACCGGCGGCAUCGGCGACUCCAGACCGCCGUCCUUCCACGCUGCGGCCGUCUCCCACGAUGACCUGCAGGGGUCAGAGGUCAAAUCGCCCGCUCCAUCUUCAGAGAAGCAGCGGCGGAGAGGAGGCCACUUGAACGGACACGUCCACCAGGCGGCCGACCACAAGGGGGCGGGGCCAGCCGGCGGCGGCGACAGCUCGUCCAAUCAGCAGAGCAGCGAGUUAGAGACGACCAGCUUUUGCUCGUCUGAGGAAGACUCUGGAGGAAGGUUCAGCCAAUCAACAGGCCAGAGCAGCUCCUCGCCGAGACUCAUCAGGCGACAGCGGCGCCGCCACCGAAAACCAAAAACUCCACGGAUGGAAAAGUCGGCGUCUUUCAGCAGCGUCACUGACUCCACCAUGUCGCUCAACAUCAUCACUGUAACCCUCAACAUGGAGAGGUAUAACUUUCUGGGCAUCAGCAUCGUUGGUCAGAGUAACGACAGAGGAGACGGAGGGAUUUACAUCGGCUCCAUCAUGAAGGGAGGAGCAGUUGCAGCAGAUGGCCGCAUAGAGCCUGGAGACAUGCUGCUGCAGGUGAACGAUAUCAACUUCGAGAACAUGAGUAAUGACGACGCAGUCCGGGUUCUGAGAGAGAUCGUCCACCAGCCGGGUUCGGUGACAUUAACUGUGGCAAAGUGUUGGGAUCCAAACCCACGAAGUUGCUUCACGCUGCCCAGAAGUGAACCGGUCCGCCCCAUCGACCCGGCUGCCUGGGUGUCUCACACGGCCGCCAUGACCGGGAAACUCCCCCCACACUACAGUACGUCUCAACUCUGCACCUCUCUUCUGUUGUUAACCUCCCAUCUCAUUUUAACUUCCUGCUGUUCUCCAGGCGUGCAUGAAGAAAACCACCUCAACAUCCACAGUGACAUGACGGUGGUCGUCAAGGCGAUGGCCAAUCCAGAGUCAGGGCUGGAGGUUCGAGACAGGAUGUGGCUGAAGAUCACCAUCCCCAACGCUUUCAUUGGUUCGGACGUGGUGGACUGGCUCCACCGUAACAUAGAAGGUUUUACCGACCGGCGCGAAGCUCGUAAAUACGCCGGAAACCUGCUGAAAGCCGGAUUCAUCCGACACACCGUCAACAAGGUCACCUUCUCAGAGCAGUGCUACUACGUGUUCGGAGACCUGUGUGGAGAUCUGGCUGCCAUGUCUCUGCUCGACCACGAAGACGGAUCCUCUCGCGAAGUAGGAGGAGGAACUGACUGCGACCCCCCAGCCUUCCCCUACCAGUACCCCGUCCCUCACCCCUACAGCUCGCCCCACCCGCUGCAGCAGCUGCCGGCCUGUGGGGCAGGAGGAGGCAGGAGUCAUCACAGCGAAGGAAGUCGCAGUAGCCAAUCGGACUUCAGCGAUGAUCAGGAGGGAAAAGGAGGAAUGCAGCAGGAAUCUUCCAACCAGGAAGCGAACGCUCAGCACAAGAUGGCCGACUGUCUGAGUGAUGGCAGCGCUCAGGAACCGCCCACCUCCUUCUCCGGUUCCCAUGGCAACAAAGACAUGCCAACACCGUCUCGAGGUCAGCACCGCGACUUUUCAUCGAUCCAGCCUGAAAUUUCUCGACAGUCCUUCCGCCUGGCCAUGGGAAACCCCAGCGACCUCUUUGUAGAUGUCAUGUGAUCCGGUGACGAUGAUGUCAUAUCCUGGCAGGUGACCUGGAGACAAGAUUAAAAUGUGACUUUUUUUAACUAAAGCUGAAACAAACUGAAAAAGAUUGAGGCACAUAGAGUCACUGUGAAGACCUGGACCUGAUGAAGGCCUGGAUCAGACCAGAACGAGACCAGGCUCUGGUAAAACCUGAAACUAGACAGGACCAUCCUGAACCCGACCGAGAACCAAACCUGAGAACUAAACCUGAGAACUAAACCUGAGAACUAAACCUGAGAACUAAACCCGACUCAGGACUAAACCUCAGAACUAAACCUGAGAACUAAACCCGACCGAGAACUAAACCUGAGAACUAAACCCGACUGAGAACCAAACCUGAGAACUAAACCCGACCGAGAACUAAACCUGAGAACUAAACCCGAUUGAGAACUAAACCUGAGAACUAAACCUGAGAACUAAACCCGAUUCAGGACUAAACCAGAUUUACAUGGACCUGACUUGGACCUGGACCUGGCUCGGACCUGGACUCUGAACUAACCAAAUCAAAGCAUGUGCUGCUUUUCUCUCUGAGAGACGUUCUGACUCAGCAGAGUCUCUCCUGCAUCCUGGGAUGGUUGUAAAUUAUUCCUGACGUUCCUGUUUGUAAAUCACCUGCUGUCACGCUGCCUGUAACUGAGCUCAUUAUUGUUUCUAUUUAUUCAUUAUUUAUUUAUUUAACAUGUUUAUUUAUGAACAGUUUGUUCCAAACAUUUACUGCAGAAAGCGACGUGUGGAUUAUUUAUGAGUCCUUGUUGUCGUCUCCUCAUGACUAAAGACGUCCAUGUUUGUCUAACUGGAGAACGCCAGAGAAGCAGAGCUGUAGCUUUUCCUCUACAUUCCAAAACCAAUGAAACGGGUCAAGGAAAAUUAUUUUACAUAAAGGUUAAAUACGGUACCAAAUCACAGACUGAAGGCUCUUAGACAUUUGGGUUUUGUGAAGAACAAAGACCAUGAUCUGUUUAGUGAAAACAGUUGUAUAAAAUGUGUUCACUGUGUUAUAUGUACACAACCAGAUAGUAAAACCUUAAAUGAUGAAAUAGAUUUGGAAUAAAGUUCACUUAGCUUUCAUAGAAA